AGUCACCAUUCACCAACCAUCAGCACUUCAGCAGUUGCAACAAGUCCAACAGAGACCGACAGACUCCCAGAGAGAGAGAGAGAGAGAGAGAGAGAUAUGGCAUGGUGUGCGGCGAGGAGCUAUCACAUGCCGGCGGUCGACAUGGGCGCAUUGUGCACCCGGGCUCCGUUAGCCGCCGGCGCGGGCUUUGCCUCGGUGGCCGGCUCCACUCUCUGGCGAUCCUUGGCUUCAUCGAAGCCCUCGUCUCGCUUUGCUUGCUUAGCCAUUUCCACCGAUGCUCGAAUUAAGGAAGCUGUUCACACAGACAAGGCUCCGGCUGCAUUGGGACCGUAUUCUCAGGCAAUCAAAGCCAACAACUUUGUCCAUGUGUCGGGUUGUCUUGGUCUGAUUCCAGAGACAGGGAAGUUUGUGUCGGAUAAUGUUGAAGAUCAGACAGAGCAGGUUCUAAAAAAUAUGGGGGAAAUACUGAAAGCAAGCGGGGCCAGCUAUUCUUCUGUGGUUAAAACGACUAUUCUGUUGGCUGAUUUGAAAGACUUCAAGAAAGUCAAUGAAAUCUAUGCUAAAUAUUUUCCAUCUCCAGCCCCAGCACGUUCAACAUUUCAGGUAGCGGCGCUGCCAUUGGAUGCCAAGAUUGAAAUUGAGUGUAUUGCAGCACUGUAACCUACCAAUACACAGCGUCGUCUCAGCAACUUAGAUAAUAAUGUAGGAGGUGACAUCUUUGAGUGUUGAGUUUCACAUUUUUAUUUCCUCCAUGGCCUCCUGCCAGUUGUUAUUGUAACAUUGCUUUUGUAUCUAAAAACUAAAGAGCAGGACCAACGACGUUAUUGAAAUGGAGCUUUCCCUGCUUUUCCAGUCUUGAGUAAUUAUAAUUGUGUUUAUGUUUCA